CCACCGUUGAGUCACAAGUUGCAUUGACACCAUCUUCCACUCCCACUCCAACCAAUGCUCCAAGCGUCGAAAUAAAUGAUUCACAAGGUACAGAAGUAGAACAUGAUAAUAAGAGACUGAAAUCUGCAGCAUGGCAAGAUUUUGUUAAGAAGAAAAUAAAUGGUGCGUGGAAAGCUGAAUGCAAAUGGUGUCACAACAAGCUUGGAGCUGAAAGUAGAAAUGGGACUAAACAUUUGUUAGACCAUAUUAAAACUUGCAAGUCUAGGCAGGCUAGAAAAGGUCUAACACAAUCCAAUUUGAAGAUGGGAAUAGAUGCAGAAGGGAGGGUUACCGUAGGGAAAUAUGUCUUUGAUCAAGAGGUUGCUAGGAAAGAACUUGCACUGAUGAUAUGCCUCCAUGAGUACCCACUUUCUAUUGUAGACCAUGUUGGUUUUCGUAGGUUUUGUGGUGCAUUGCAACCUUUGUUCAAGGUUAUGACCAGAAACACAAUUAGGAAGGAUAUUAUUGACUUGUUUGGGGUUAACAAGAUUUCUAUCAGUAAUUAUUUUCACAAGCUUCAGAGCCGUGUGGCCAUUACUACUGAUUUAUGGACAGCAACUCAUCAAAAGAAAGGAUAUAUGGCAAUCACCGCUCACUUCAUCGAUGAUGAAUGGAAAUUGAAGAGUUUUCUUUUGAGGUUUAUUUAUGUACCAGCACCUCAUACCGCUGAUCUUAUAAGUGAAAUUAUUUAUGAGGUUCUUGCUGAUUGGAACUUGGAGAGUAGGCUGUCUACUAUCACACUUGACAACUGCAGCACCAAUGACAAGUUAAUGGAGAACCUAUUGGGGACAAUGCUAGAUAAGUUGCCUGCUGAUACUCUUAUGUUAAAUGGUUCAUUGCUGCAUAUGCGUUGUUGUGCACAUAUUUUGAAUUUGAUUGUGAAAGAUGGAAUGACUAUCCUAGAUAAAAUCAUUGAGAAGGUUCGUGAGAGUGUUUCAUUUUGGACAGCAACACCAAAGAGACAUGAGAAAUUUGAAAAACAGGCCCAACAAAUAAAUGUUAAGUAUGAGAAAGUAAUUGCCCUUGAUUGCAAAACUAGAUGGAAUUCUACUUAUCUCAUGCUUAGCACUGCAGUUUUGUAUCAAGAUGUCUUUACAAAACUUGGAACUCGUGAAAAAAUGUAUACUCCUUAUUGUCCAUCAAAUGAUGAUUGGAAGUUUGCUAGGGAGCUUUGUGAUAGAUUGAAGAUUUUUUAUGAUGCAACAGAGGCUUUUUCUGGUAGUAAGUAUUGUACUGCAAAUCUUUUCUUUCCUAAGGCUUGUGGUAUUUAUUUGGCUAUGAGAAAAUGGUCAACUAGUGCUAAUCCAAACAUUAUAACAAUGACUAAAUUGAUGUCAGCCAAAUAUGAGAAGUAUUGGAAGGAUGUGCAUGGUAUUUUGGCUAUUGCUAGUGUUUUGGAUCCUAGAUAUAAACUUCAUAUGUUGAAUGCUAUGUUUAUACAAAUCUAUGGAGAAGAGGUGGCACUAAGAAAAGUUAAUGCUGUGAAAGAAGACUUGAAUAAGUUAGUGCUACAAUACCAAAAUCAUGUUGAGGAGGGUGUUGGAACUUCAGAUGGAGUUAGUGCUUCUUCAAGUGUUGCCCCUCCAGGGGGAUUUGAUUUGGUGGAUGAUAUAUUUGAUCAGUAUAUGUCUGGACAAACUGUUGCCUCUUCCUCACAGAUUCGCACUGAGUUAGAUUUGUAUUUGGAAGAGAAACCGUUGCCUAGGACACAAGAUUUUGAUAUUAUCAAUUGGUGGAAGUUUGGGGGCAUUAGGUACCCAACUUUGAGACAGAUUGCCCGGGACAUUUUGGCAAUCCCUAUUACAACAGUAGCAUCUGAAUCAGCAUUUAGUACUGGUGGGAGGGUGAUAACUCCAAAUCGUAAUCAGCUUAAACCUGAUCUUGUGGAGGCACUUAUGUGUGUGCAAGCAUGGGGUCGUGCUGAUAUGUUAGCUGAAAUUGCUAACAAGACCAAUGCAUUGAACACGGUACUUGACGAUGAAUCAGAAUCGGAAGCAUCUACUGUCACUGAAGCUUGAGGUGGAGAUUUCAUAAGUGAAGGAUGGGCUAGAAAGCCUGCAAUUGCAAACUAUCUACCUAUAUAUUUUAUUAUGUUGGCAAUGUAAUAGUAUAUUAAGACUUCUAUAUUUCUGUGAGACUGAAUUUGCUUGCUGUGUGUGAUGUGUUGAACAAUUCAACUGUUGAACUUUGAAGGCUUGAUUCGCUUGAACAGUUGAACUCAUGUGUGUUAGUGUGUAACUGUGUGAAAUUAUGGAUAUCAUCAAUGUGUUCUUGCUGAAUUUUUAUGAUGAAAUUGAAGUAUUCAUGCUAUUUUUGAUGUUGUGUUAAUUAUGUACAAUAUUUCUUUUUGAUGAAAUGAUGAUUGUGUUGUAUUUUUUGAGCUGAUUGGAUGGAGAUGCUACCCAAUGCGGGGCCCCGGUCGGGUUGCGGGGCCCCGCAGGGGUCGGGGGCGGGGGAUGUUUUCAACCCGCAUCACUGGUCGGGGCCGGGGGCGGGGGGUGAAGUCGGGGGUCGGGGUCGGGGGCGUUCCAGC